AUGUUAAUGAAGAAGGGUGGGAUUGUAGAGUCAGAUGUCUUUGCAGGUGCAACAAAAACCCAGCCAAUUGUUCUUGAUCAAGCAGAAGGUUUGAGCAAGAAGCAAAAGAUCACUCUUGGCAAAAGUGUACUGAUGAAGCAGAAUGGAACUCUCAAGAUGUUUGCAAACUGGUAUAUUUUGAUGGUGAGAAUCCUUCCCGCAGAGGAAGCUCAUGUUGGGAGCAUGGACCAGCACUGUUUGGAGGAAAAGCAUGACCUCAUAUACCUCAUGGACGGCUGGGAGGAUGCGCUCAAGCAGAGUGUGUAUGGGUACCUGAUUGCACAGCUUGGUGAACACCCCAUUGUGCUCUGUUUUGAAGAUAUGUCGGGAGAGCAUGCAACUGCGCCCCUUGCAUGUUUUAUGCAUGGCAUCAACACAAUCAUGGGCAAAAUUAUGGUGCAUCCACUGAUCAAAGCUGUUAUCACAAAGAACACCUGCAUUGUCACGUUCUUCAAUGCAUCUGUCACGAGUUGGUACGGCGGAACGAACUCUUCAGUAUCUGCACUUCAGUGGGCGGUACUUGUCCUCACGGACGCGUGGAUUAGUCUAACACGGCCUUUCGUAGCACGUGCACCUCCCCUUCCUCUCCCCAUCACCGUGGCUGAUGAAUUCUUCGACUGCUCUCGACUUGAGCACGCCUUCGACACCCAGGAGCAAAUCGACGUCUCCCGCGACGACCCUGAAAGCGACGGGAAUCAAGCUCCCUUUUUCAUCUGUGAUCGACAACCGUGCCCUAAUCGCACUCCACGAUCCAUCACUACUGACGAAGGGCGCUAUGUGCCCAUCCGACGAGUCCAGCACCCCUGCGGCCCGGCACUUCGAUACGCUGGCACCUCGAGAUCCACAUCUCGCCACGUCACUCCCGUCCCUUCCCGACCUGCCUCCCCAGGCACCCGCAUCCCCCAACCUGUCACCAGUACAGGUCAAGCACGAGGAGAUCCCAGUCUCCCUCGAGGAGUUGAGGCAGUCGCACAGUCUACAGCGACCCCUCAAACCAUCCCCCAGUCCUCCUUGGGGUCACGGUUGGAAAGGAACCCGAAGCCUGAGCCCAGCAACAGUCCAGCGGUUACUUGGGCCAGCUCGUCGUCAGCAAUCUCAUCCUCGACUCCAGUCCCUGUCGUACGUCACCCCGCCACCGGACUUCCUCCGUCGCCUCCACCGCCAUCGCCGCCGCGAGGCCGCUCGAGUACUCGCUCCUCUCGAAGUUCGCCCGGCGGACAGUCACAACAGCCGUCUUCGCCCGUGGGCAGUCCUCCGUCCCCCUCGUCGUCGGUAAUGUCCUCACCAGUGUCCCCCCCUGAUAAGGAUACCCUGAAACUCCUCCUCCCGCUCCGAUACGAUGGCAAAACCGUCAUCGAGUGCGACAGGUUCCUGUCGCAGCUGCGCAUCUAUUGGUUGGUCAACACGUCGUUAACAACCAUCGAGCUCAAGGUGCAGGUUGCACUAAGCCUGCUCGACGGUGAUGCCCGCACUUGGGCCACGCCCUACUUCGCCCAGCUCGUAUCAGUGCAACUCAGUGUGCAGGGAGUAACGACCCCCUUCGCCAAUGAGGCGGCCUUUGCCACGGCCUUCAAAGCCUGCUUCGGCAACCUCGAUGAUGAGGCAGCGGCCUAG